AUUAUAAAAUUUAUGAAUUCCAAAUACAAGAAAAAUUGUCUUAUCAGUAUUUCUAUUACAUUAUCGUCAUCAUUAUCAACUGGUGAGCAGUAUUAUCAUCAUGGGCAAUACAAAUCAGAAUUCUGGCCAAUCAGAACAAUCAUCGUCAUCUUCCUUGCCAAUAGAUUCGAAUCAAAAAUCUAAGAUUCAAAUCGACGAUAAUGAACUAAAGAAUCGUUUGACACCCAUUCAAUAUGCUGUGACCCAAUUGAAAGCAACUGAAAGACCAUUCACGAGUGAAUACUAUAAACAUCGAGACUCUGGUGAAUACAUAUGCAUUGUUUGUGAGCAAAAAUUAUUUGCUUCGGAUUCUAAAUUUCCCACUGAAUGUGGUUGGCCCGCAUUCAAACAACCAGUGCAACAAGAUAAUGUAGCCCUCACCGAAGAUUUAUCGCAUAAUAUGAUUCGAACCGAAGUUACAUGUUCAUCCUGUAAUGCUCAUCUAGGUCAUGUAUUCGAUGAUGGUCCUUAUCCCAAACGAACUCGUUAUUGUAUCAAUUCCGCUGCGUUGAAAUUCAUAAAAAAAAUUCCCAAAUGAAAUUUGUGAUAUACCCAUCUUUAAAAAAAACAAUACAAUUUCGAUGGA